GGGAGGGCAGGGAGAGCGGCUGUGUAGCUAUGGGGAACGGAAGCCUCGCGCCAGGGGUGGUGUUCUUGGGUUCUCAAGGGAUGGAUGAGAGGGGAGCUCGAAUUUGGAGGGAGAUUGCAACCUUGCGGCUGGGUGUGUCUGUGUGCAGACAUGGCCAAGUCCAAGAACCACACCACGCACAACCAGUCCCGAAAAUGGCACAGAAAUGGCAUCAAGAAACCCCGAUCCCAAAGAUACGAAUCUCUUAAGGGGGUGGAUCCCAAGUUCCUGAGGAACAUGCGCUUUGCCAAGAAGCAUAACAAGAAGGGCCUGAAGAAGAUGCAGGCCAACAAUGCCAAGGCCAUGAGUGCACGUGCUGAGGCUAUCAAGGCCCUUGUGAAGACCAAGACGGUCAGGGCUAACAUCCCAAAGGGCAACAGCCGCAAGCUCAGCCGACUUGCCUACAUUGCGCACCCCAAGCUUGGGAAACAUGCACGAGCCCGCAUCGCCAAGGGUCUCCGGCUAGCCCGGCCAAAGACCAAGGCUCAAACCCAGGCCAAGGAUGCGGCCGCAGCCCAGGUUCCCAAAGGAACACAGGCUGCCAAAGGUACACAGGCUGCCAAAGGUACACAGGCUGCCAAAGGUGCCCAGGCCGCCAAAGGUGCCCAGGCCCCCACAAAGGCUCAAGAAUAGAGGACCCUAUCUGCCCAUGUGAGGACAGAAGGACUGGUGUCACCCCCGGGCUGCUGUCUACAGGGCACUGGUGUCUUCCUGUGCUGUUUGUACAAAUAAAUCUGAGGCAGAACUAUCA